GCUCCGCCCAUAUUACGGUGGGCCUGUUCUGCACUUGGAGGCUGGAGCUGGCGGGUCCAGGACAGGAAAGAAGGUGGUGGAAUAAAGAUACCAUCAAGAUCUAGACUCUGUAUGAAGUCUUUCAUUACUGAUUCAAGGUUCACACUCACAGUCUACAUGCUCUGAAAAGCUAGAAACCCAAAUUAACCUGAAGUUGGCCCAGUCACAGCUCAGACUCUGUGGACCCUAUCUUCUUGAGAAGUUGAUAUGACUUAGUUGGUAGAUGGCUUAUCUAAUACACCUGAAGCCCUGGGUUUGAUCAUCAGAACCACAUUAACCAGAAGACCUGUCUGAAAUGUGGUGGUUUCAGCAAGGCCUCAGUUUCCUUCCAUCGGUCCUUGUAAUUUGGACAUUUGCUACCUUCAUAUUCUCAUAUAUCACUGCAAUAACACUCCACCAUGUUGACCCUGCAUUGCCUUAUAUCAGUGACACCGGGACAAUACCUCCUGAAAGAUGCCUCUUUGGAGUAAUGCUAAAUAUUGCUGCAGUUUUAGGCAUUGCUACCAUCUAUGUUCGUUACAAGCAAGUUCAUGCACUGAACCCUGAAGAGAACCUUAUCAUCAAAUUAAACAAGGCUGGCCUUGUACUUGGGAUACUGAGUUGUUUAGGACUUUCUCUCGUGGCAAAUUUCCAGAAAUCAACACUAUUUAUUGUACAUGUAUGUGGAGCUGUCCUUGCCUUUAGUAUGGGCUCAUUUUACAUGUUUGUUCAGACCAUCCUUUCCUACCAAAUGCAGCCCAAAAUUCACAGCAAACAAGUCUUCUGGGUCCGACUGCUAUUGGUUAUCUGGUGUGGAGUAAGUGCACUUAGCAUGAUGACUUGCUCAUCAAUUUUGUACAGUAGUGAUUUUGGUCCUGAUAUAGUACAGAAACUACACUGGAACCCAGAAGACAAAGGUUAUGUGCUUCACAUGGUCACUACUGCAGCAGAAUGGUCUAUGUCAUUUUCCUUCUUUGGAUUUUUCCUGACUUAUAUUCGUGAUUUUCAGAAAAUUACUUUACGGGUGGAAGCCAAUUUACAUGGAUUAACCCUCUAUGACACUGUUCCUUGCCCUGUUACCAAUGAAAGAACACCACUGCUUUCCAGAGACUUUCAAUGAAUGGAUAAAAAUCUUCUGUGAUGAUUGUGAUUCUCAGGGACUGAGAAAAGAUGCACAAUAGUUGCUUGUUAUACUGUGAAAAUUUGAACCAAUCAAGGCUGACAGUAACAUUAAUAAAAGAUAAUAUCAGGAGAAAUGUAAUAAGCCAUCUGAUAAGUUUUCUUAAAGAAUGAUGUUAAGACUAUCUAAAAACAUUAUGUCUAGACUUUUUUAUAAUCCAGAAAAUAAAACCAAAGGAUAAUACUA